AUGAGUGAGCAAGAUACUCCAAAGAAGACCGUCAACAAAGGAAGAAGGCAAAAACCUUUGUCUGUGAAUGAUUUUUGCAGGUUGUGUAAAUGUCCUUUGAAAUUGAAAUUCGGAAAUUUUGAGAAAACCUCAUACGUAUCUUCUGAACAGCUUUUCAAGCCACCAUAUAGGAAAGAUUGUAGUGAGAAGACUUUGUGUGAACUGCUGACGUUGUUAAAUAUAUUCGUUGAAAGGAAAGCAGAGUUAUCUGAACGGGUUUGCAAAUCUUGUGGUCGGAAAAUACGCAAUGCAAACGGCCUGUUUGCGUGGAUAAUUUCUUUGGUCAACGUGCCUAAUUUUGACGAUGAAAACCCUAGCAGAGAGAAACGACUAUUACUGACAACAGUAGAUAGCCCUGAAUGCAGUCUGCAAGCAAAAAAACAACCGAAACCUUCAAUCGAAAGAAGGAGAUGCGCCAAAAAAUCAUUGUUUUCAAACGACAAUAUUAGGGAUUCAGAAUCAAAAACAACUGAAGGUGAUGCCGACGAAAAUAAUGAAAAAGAUGAUGGUGCUGCCGAUAAUUUUCUAGCGGCAAUGAACAUCGAACAGCUUGUUCACCAAAAAACGACCACCCAAGUAAAAGUUGUCAUUGCUAGUCCCAAUGGUCGGGUGCAGAAAAGCCAUGAAUUUGAUGACAUAACAAAAUCGUUAAUAGUAAACGUCGUGAAUAAAAAAUGGAAAACUGUUGCGAACGUAUUUUACAAACAUCCAUGUUUGCGAAAGGAAUUGUUUGAGCCACUGAGAAAAGCAGUUGCCGCUGAAUUUAAGAUGUAUUGCAGCAAUAGUUCGGAAUCAAUGAUGAAACAGAAUAGUCCUGAGGACUUGGAAUCAUUUUCGAACAAGUUUUUAGUUAAUGAGGUGCGACAAUCGUGUCCACUUUGGAUGGCUUGUGUGUCGGGCGCAUGCAAUGCUAUAAACUCUGAAAUGAAAGUAAAAGAAAUCAACGCGAUUGCUUUGGCCUCCGCCGUCGCAGCCCGAUGUCGAAAUCAAAAGAUGUCAGCAGUGGCAUAUCGCAUUUCUUCUCUUCUAAUUCAUAGCGGUACUAAAUACAAUGACAUUCGGCGUUUGAAUAAACUUUCUGUUUGCAUGUCUCCUGAAAUGAUUAUCGAGAUGGAAAGGAAAAUGGGUGAAAGCUGCGAAAGAAAGGUUCUUGUUUGGAAGAAAGAGAUCGAAAACAACCGAAAAGCCAUGCUACUUCUGGGAGAAACAAAGGAAAAACAAGUCUGUGUGCCAAACGAGGAUGAUAUGGAAGUUGAAUCUACAGUAUGUUUUUCUAAGGAAACAGUAUCCGAUUAUACAACAUUUGCUACUGACACUUAUAAUCAUUGCAAGGAAGUGCUAAAAGCAGUUGCUAACAGCGAUUGCACUAUCAACGAUGACCAUUUGGUAGAAGCAAUAAACUUUUUGUCAUGCGAAAAGCUUCCAUUGUACAAGUAA